AUGAUUGGCUGGUCUAAAAUACCAGUGUGCCAAAGAAACAUCUCAGUAUCAAAAGUUCAUGUUCAAAUUUCCUUCUCUAUGUGCAGCUGUUUGCAAGAAGGCAUUUCCAUUCUGUCGCAAUAUCUUGAAAGGGGAAUGAAAGCAACAGUAGUUAUCGAUUUUUAACACGAGUUUAAUCAGAAAAAGAGGACCAAUGUUACAUUUUCAAUUUUAGCUAGUUGUUACGGAAUCCCGGCUAUGGGCUCUAAGAAAACUGUCAUGACGAUAUGACUGGCAGAUGAAGGAAAAAAAGAAAGAGACCUGGAAAAAUUCAGGCCUCUGAGGGAUUCGAGCCUCUGCUCUUCAGAUACUAGUUUGUGGGUCAUUCACAAAUUUUCAUAGUGUUACUCAAGGUUUUUGUUUUAGCUUUUUUUCAUAAAUUUUUGUGCUGUUUUCAAUAUAGUUUCCUCUUUAGUUUCAUUUAGAACCAAUUCAUUUACCUUAGCGUACAUAGAAAAUAACCUGGCUAUAACUACAUUUUUUUUAAGUAUUUUCUUCCUAUGAAACUUGAAAAAUAAAGCAAACAUAAUGAAAUGAUGCUUGCAAUUAGUGCAUUUCAAUAUAUAACGUUUAAAUACGCGAGCCUGAAGGCGGGAAGUUGAUUAAAACUAAAAAAAAUAAUCACCUCCCUCGUUAAUCAUAAGGGAACGCUUACCUUCUGUAGCGCUUUCUGAUGAUCUUCGCUUUUAAUACGUCCCGUCGGACUUUGUAGAACACGUGUUGCACUUUGAAAUAACUUAGGUACAGAUGGUCGGAAGAAAAAAUAUAUAGUGGCCAAAAAUCGGGAUUAUAUUUCAUCAUAAUUAUUGCACUUGAUAAUUUUUUUUCUGAAAUAUUGUGCCUCAGUAACCCACGUCACUAUGCCUACGUUACCCUUAGACUUCGAAUGUGCCGGAACAUAGUAGAGAAUUAUCAAUAAUAAUCAGAAAAAGCGACAUCUCAAACGACGUGGCCUGUCUAAGAUAACAAUGUGACAAAAAAACAUCUCAGUAUCGAAAUUUCGUGUUUAAAUUUCAUUCUCUAUGUGUUACUGUUUGCAAGAAGGCAUUUCCAUUCUGUCGCAAUAUCUUGAAAGGGGGAAUAAAAGCAACGAUAGUCAUUGAUUUUUAACACGAGUUUAACCUGAAAAAGGAGGCCAAUGUUAUAUUUGCAAUUGUAGCUAGUUGUUACGGAAUCCCACCUAUGGCUCUAAGAAUACUGUCAUGACGAUAUGACUGACUGAUCGGCAUUUUUCUCAGCCAUACUUCACGAUUUAAGAUCAUUUCACCCUGGGACAUGUCUCAAUACCAAAACUCCCCGUUCAUUUCGCUGGAACGAGCGUUUUCUACCUGCAUUUCAAAGUUCGCUUUUCUCUGGCUAUGCCCUUGACAAUCAGCCUGGACAUGGCCGCAGAAAAGACUUGGGCACGAGGUCAAUUUUCUCCCUACCGCGAGUGGUACGGUCGAUCAAUGUACAAUACUUACCCUAUCCCCACAGAGACACCUUUUUGCGCUAAAAUGCUAUCAAUGGGGAAGAGAUGCGGUGAAAUUGACGGUGAAGCGAAUCAUAAAAGACUUAAGAGUGGCAAAUUUUCAAGAUGAAUAUACUAAGAUUUCAUUUUGGGGACUUUGGGGAUGGAUUACUGCUUUUGAAAUCACGGGAGAAAAGUUUAUUUUAAUAAAGAACACAUUUUUAAGUGCGAACCUAAGAUAAAUAUUUAGGUAUCAAAGCUUUUCGCAAAUCGGAAUCCGACGUCAAACUUAAAAAAUAAUUUCUUUUUUAGCAAUGUAGUAUGUAAGUAGGAUUUGGAUUUUAAUAAAGUUAUACAAUGUAAUACAUUGAGCUUCUUUCUUACUGCAUCUAUUAUAUUUCAUCCUUUUGUGUUGUGCGCCUCUCUUAAAAGUUUGCAUGCGUGGGUAGCACAGUUGGUUUUCAAGUAUUUUUCUUUCCAAUUUAAUUGACGCACGAAAGUAGCUGAUGCCUCUCAUAACUGUUUGAUGCUUUAUGGAAAACAAGUUCUUUGUGAGCGAAAGACAGGUGCAUUUGAUAUUUAUGUUUGACUAAAUAAAACUAUCUAAGAGACGAAAACUCUUUCUGUUGUAACGCUACACAGUGCAUGACUAAGGACAUAAAAAUGAGAUGCUAUUCUUACAUGGGCGAUAGAACUACAAAUUUUACAAUUCUGUUCGAAGUGUCUACCUAUUCGACUCUUUAAUUUUGCAUAUUUACCAAAGACUGCCUACUGGAGGUAAUCUACCUCCCAUUGCUUCAGAAACAUUAAUCUAGUGAUGUCAUUCAUUGACACAAGGGUGGAAAGUCUAAUUACAACAAGGAAAUUCGGCUCGUUUAAGACGGGUAUUAUUGUAUCUAGCUAGAAAACCUUCCCAAAGUCCAGAUGCACUUUGGAUAUCACAUCGCCGUUUUGCCCAAUUUUCUUCUCGGGAUAUUCCCUUUCCUGAGUCUUGGUCAGCAUUCAAUUAGGCAAGGCAGACAAUUUUACAAACUGGUGGACAGUUAUCUGGUGGGAAACACAACAUCGACAAGACACGUAGAGGACUAUUUUGACUGUUCCUUCCUCUGUCUGGAGCACGAACCAUUCGCUUGCUUGUCGUUCAAUAUGGCUCGGAAUAGUGACAACGGCUAUCAUAUCUGCGAAUUAAGCAGUUCAGAGAGAUACCUUGAGCCGCAAAGAAUAGAAGAAAGGCUCGGCUAUGAUUAUUAUGGCACAACUACUGAAGUAUGUGAUACGUCUUACUUGUUUGUAAUCCUGGGUUUAUUAGUCUGUCACAACAUUAACUGUGAUCGAAAGGUUUACAACUGUUUUUUUCUUCAAUGCAAGCAUCUGAUAAAGUAAAAAAGGGGUAAUUUUGUAUUUUGAUAGUAUGUUUUCGAAGUACAGAAACACCUGUACUGAGCAAACCUCAAAUUGAACGGACCCCCGGAGCUUUUGCAUCACACGGGCGUUAGACGAACUAAAAAAGAAAAACAGAAGAAAGGCUCGGCUAUGAUUAUUAUGGUACAACUACUAAAGUAUGUGAUACGUUUUAGUUGUUUGUAGUUCUAGGUGAAAUGGUCUGUUAUAACUGUAACCACGAUCACACGGUUGACGAUCACUUUUUUACUUUCAUGAAGUCAUCUGAUAAAUGUAAAAUAAUUUAAAUAUUGUAUUUCAGUUAUAUGUUUUCGAAUUACAGUAACACCUGCACUGAGCAAACCUCAAAUUGCAUGAAUCUCCAGAGCCUAUGUAUCACGCGAGCGCUGGACAAAGCGUCGUCUUCCAUGUAAACAUUAGAAAAUGAAAAAGUGCGGAUUCGGACUUAAAAAAAUUAUAUUUAUAAUUAUAGUUACAAGAAGAACUGAGGAAAGAAAAUGAACUUCACAAACAAGGAACUUAAUCAGGGUCUAUAAUAAGAGAUUUGAGUUUCAUUUCCAAUCGAUUUCUCACGCUUCGGUCUGUUGAGUAAACAGCUGAGGAUAUUUCGUCAGGAGCUCAAAAGCGCGAUGCGAAAUCUUCCUUUUUUUCUAUGACUUCUCUAUUGUGUUCAAAAACAAGGGGAGUACUAGGGUACUUUUGUAAUAAUAGGAGAUAUAUUAGUCUCUUUUCAGGAUAUCUCCAUGUUCCAGUAAUCCAUGUAGUAAUGGAGGGACGUGCUCUCAAGGCAAGCGGUCUGGUGAAUUUUCCUGCCAGUGCCUUCCACAAGUGACCGUGCUUCCGUUUAUUGACAACAAUUGUAAUAUUGGUAAGAGGUUUGAAGUUGUGGAUUAGAACAAAAAGAAAUCACCGAAAUUGAGACUUAUUUUCUGGGAUUACCAAGUUUGGUUCUUAUGAGGAUUCUAUAACUUAAUAUUGUCGAAAACUCCCUUUGAUUUUCGAAUAUGACCUUUUUCCAUUGUUUGCUCGUUGCAUUACGCUACGUAAUAAUUUUUUGAACGCUUUCCCAUGUAAAAUUCCCAUAACUAUGAGACAUAUGCCGAAAACGCCGCAUGAUUUUUAUUUUCUUCUGUUUUCUAUAUCGUAUUCAAAGAUACGAAGAAGAUGGUUCGUUACAAAUCUGUGGAAGGAGUGUUUCAUACUAAAACAGGCAGGUAUAAGCUAAACUAUGAAAAUGCCAAACGUUUAUGCGCACUUCAAGGAGCACAAUUGGCCACAUACAGCCAACUACACAAGGCCUGGAAAGCUGGUGCUGAAACAUGCGAGUAAGUAAAUGUUUACUUUUUUUCUUCCCCUUUCACUUCGUCUUUGUAACGGCCCGUUCUUCUACAUCCCUUAAGGAAAUGCCGAUGGGAAUUGUCUCAAGUUGUGAGCAAAACUUCUGUAGCAAAAUCUUUAUCUUUAGGUAUCAUACUAACAGUUUAUUUUGGUAGCCGAAAGUUGAACAUGCAGAAAAUUGAUAAGGUGCUAAUAAAACGUAUGCUCUGUCCUCUGGGAAUGGGUACCCAAUAAGACUAAGUCUUCCUUAUGCAAAGACACUGUAAUGACUUGUUAAUGCACCUCUCUGCAGAGAACACUUUUGUUAGAUGGUUUUUGAUUUGAUAAUUAAUUUGUUUGAAAUUCAGGUUUGGAUGGUUAAUUGAUGUCACCGCGCGCUUCCCAAUGCAGACGAAAAGGGCACCUUGUGGAAAUAGGGUUGGCAUCAUUGGCUAUUCUUUACCAAUAUCCAAAAGCCACACUUAUAACGCUUGGUGUUUCAAAUAAGAGUGUCGCGAAAAGAAUAAUUUUAGGAGAGAUAGAUAACCAAGGCAACAUCGCCACACGCUAAACCAUGACGCGUGGCUAACAAACAGCUGCUUGUCUGGUUGACGGAAAACUUAAAAAAAAAAAAAAAAUAGAGCGAAACAUUAUUUGCGUAAAGAAUUCUUAUUUUCUUGGUUUGUAUCUUCUUGAGCAGCACUGUCUGACGAGCGCUUAGUCAGAAAGUUCUGUCUGACGAGCGCUUAGGCGCGAAACUCAGAGUAACAGAGAAUCGAUGCGUCCUCUUUGAUUCUUUCAACUAUACAUACUCAGCUCUGCUACCACAGCAUUGAGCACUUUAUGCCAAGGUAGACUCUACCCCCACAUUUAUAUAUAUAUAUAUAUAUAUAUAUAUAUAUGUAUAUAUAUAUAUAUAUACAUCUGAAAGUAAGAUAAAUCAAUGAGACAUAACUUUUCUGUGACUCUGAUAUAUAUAUAAAUGAAUGUGGGAGUAGAGUCUACCUUGGCAUAAAGUGCCUAAUGCUGUGGUAGCAGAGCUAAGUAUACAUAAGUUAAAGAAUUAAAGAGGACGCAUCGAUUCUCUGUUACUCUGAGUUUCGCACCUGAGCGCUCGUCAGACAAAGUUCGUCAGACAAAGUUCUGUCUGACGAGCGCUUAGGCGCGAAACUCAUAGUCACAGAGAAUCGAUGCAUCCUCUUUAAUUCUUUAACUUAUGUAUGCAUAUAUAAAGACUCACUUAUGUAGUAUUAGUAGUAGUUGUCGUCGGGAGUGACCGACUAUUUAGAAAGCUAUACCGUGAGAGAGAGCUAUAGUGGAAGAUUGCUAAUUUAAACACCGACGGCCCAAGCCCACGUCUCGAGAAAAGGCAAACGAUAAAUUAAUGAAAGCGUCACGCGUUGUGUAACUCGUUGUUAAUUUACAAGAGGAACCUUUGAUUAUUUGAACACGUUAUAAGGAAUAGUAUGGGGAGCCAAAUAAGGUCGAUUUAAAACGAUCAAUAUUUCAAAAUAUGGACAUUUUACUCGAAAAAUCAAUAACACUUGCUCACAUCCUUUGUGUCCGUUAUAUUUUCUGGCAAUUUCUGCCGUUUUAAGCUCGCUUUUCCAUCACUGUUAUUCCUGUCAAAAGACCAAGUCAAGGCUGCACACUCCAAUUUCGACCGUUGUCCACGCGGAGGUGGUUUAAGUCCCGAAAAUUCUCCCGAUCGGCAUUUUUCUCAGCGAUACUUAACGAUUUAAGAUCAUUUCACCCUGGGACAUGUCUCAAUACCAAAACUCCCCGCGCAUAUCGCUGGAACGAGCGUUUUCCACCUGCAUUCCAAGUUCGCUUCUCACUGGCUAUGUUCUUGACAAUCAGACUGGACACGGCCGCGGAAGAGACUUGGGUACGAGGUCAAUUUUCUCCCUGCCGCGAGUUAUACGGUCGAUCGACGUACAAUACUUACGCCAUCCUCACAGAGACACCUGACCAAAGAUAAAUGUUUAGGUAUCAUAGCUUUUCGCAAGUCCGAAUCCGACUCCUUACUGCAUCUAUUAUGUUCCUUCCUUUUAUGUCGUGCGCCCCUCUUAAAAGGUUGCAUGCGCGGGUGGCACAGUUGGUUUUCAAUUAUUUUUCCAUUCCACUUAAUUGACGCACAAAAAUAGCUGAAAGAUGCGUCUCAUAACUGUAUGAUGUUAUAUGAAAAACAAGUUCUUUGGGGGCGAAAGACAGGUGCAUUCGAUAUCUAUGUUUGAAUAAAUAAAACUAUUUAAGAAACGAAAACUUGUUCUGUUUCGUAAGCCUAUUUGCAACAAUUAACAGUACAUAACUAAGGACUGACUAAAAUGAGAUGAUAUUUUUACGAUGGGCUAUAGAACUUCACAUUUAACAUUUCUGUUUGAAGUGCCUACCUAUUCAACUCUUUAAUUUUGCAUAUAUAUCAAACUCUGCCCGCCGGAGGUAAUUUAACUCCCAUUGCUUCAGAAACACUCAUCUAGUGAUGUCAUUCAUUGACACAAAGGUAGAAACUGUAAGUAAAACGAGGAAAUGCGGCUCGUUUAAAAUGGGUAUUAUAGUAUCUAGCUACAAAAAAUUCUCAAAGUCCAGAUGCAUUUUGGAUAUCACUUCGCCGUUUUGCCCAAUUUUCUUCACGGAAUAUUUCUAUUCCUGAGUCUUGCUCAACAUUUAAUUACGCGAGACAGGCAAUUUUACAAACUGGCGGACAGUUACCUGGUGGUAAACACAACAUCGACAAGACACCUAUUGGAUCAGUUUGACUGUUCCUUCCUUUGUCUGAGGUACGAACCAUUCGCUUGCUUGUCAUUCAAUAUGGCUCGGAAUAGCGACAACAGCUAUCACACCUGCGGAUUAAGCAGUUCAGAGAGAUAUGUUAAACCGCAAAGAAUGGAAAGGCUCGGCUUUGAUUAUUAUGGCACAACUACUGAAGUAUGUGAUACGUCUUACUUGAUUGUAGUUCUAGGUGGAAUGGUCUGUUAUAACUAUAACCGCGAUCAAACAGUUGACGACUAUUUUUCACUUUUAUGGAGUCAUCUGAUAGAUAUAGAAUAAUGUAAAUAUUGCAUUUCAGUAAUAUGUUUUCGAGGUACAGUAACACCUGUACUGAGCAAACCUCAAAUUGAACGAACACCCAGAGCCUUUGUAUCCCACGAGCGCUGGGCAAAGCGUCGUCUUCCAUGUAAACAUUUGAAAAUGAACAUGUGCGGAUUCGGAUAAUACAUAUAAUUAUAAUUACAUGACAAAUUGAAUUUAUUUAUAAUUAACAGUUUAUUUUGGUAGCCAAAAGUAGAGCAUGCAGAAAAUUGAUAAGGUGCUUAUAAAACGUAUGCUCUGUUCUCUGGGAAUGGGAACCCAUUAAGACUAGAUCCUCCUUACGUAAAGACACUGUAUUGACUUGUUAUAAUGCACCUCUCAUAAGAGGACACUUUUGUUAAACGGUUUUUGAUUUGAUAAUUCGUUAUGCUACGUUAUUUAGAGCUUCUUAACGCUUGAAAUAUUUCAUUACGUACUGACUUAUUUUUGGUAGUUUGCUUGAAAUUCAGGUAUGGAUGGUUAACUGAUGCCACCGCGCGCUUCCCAAUGCAGACGGAAAAGGCAGUUUGUGGAAAUAAGGUUUGCAUCAUUGGCUCUUCUUCACCAAUAUCCAAAAGCAAUACCUACAACGCUUGGUGUUUUAAAUAAGAGUCUCGCGAAAAGAACAAUUUUAGGAGAAUUAGGUAACCAAGGCAACAUCGCCAAACGCUAAACCAUGACGCGCAGCUCACAAACAGCUGCUAAUCUGGUUGACGGAAAACCGAAAGAAAAAAAAAGAGAGAAACAUUAGUUGCGUAAAGAAUUCUUGUUUUAUGGUUUCUACCUUCUUAAGCAGCACUCAAAGAGACUAAAGAGUCAGAGUUACACUUCCCAAGUAAGCGGCUUGUUGAGAAAGUUUCUCGAACAAGACUCAAUAUGGCGUCGUGUAAGAUAGAGUUUUCAUUAAAUUUGAAUCCAAAAUUGUAAGGAUAGGCCUCUUUAUGGAAUCGCAAGACUCGAUUUGUGUUAUAGCAUCAUAGCAUGCAUGCUCUACCGAUUGAGGUAACAAGCUUACUGCUUAAUUAGUAUUCAUUACUAAGAAGAUCACAUUCACAUUGAUUUCUUAACAACCGCAGUUCACAUAUAUGAUUUUCAUAUAUUCGCAGUCAUGGAUUCAUCCCUUCACGGAUUCAUUAAGAUCCAACACCGGUAUCACAAAGAUCAUAGGCCGUAGAGGCCUAAUUUUUUUUUCAGGCCUUAUUUUCUUUCAAUCCUUAAUUCAUUCCAGUUGUCCUCAAAAAGGCGUAGAAUGCCCAGAAGGGAUUGGUAAUAAAUUCAUUAUAAUCUCUGUUGUAGCUAGGUAUCCAAGUUUAUGUAUAAUACAGCAAAAUUAAUAAAAAACAUAAGGUCGCUCAUGUAGCCACAUAAAGAAAGCACCACAGUUGGAAGAACUCCCAUCUUGAGUGGAUAGCAGCAGAUAUGACACGAAUUUAAGAAAAUAUAUGACAUUUAUUAAAAACGCGUUUCGACACUUUUUCUGUUGUCUUCAGUUCUGAUUUAUACAAAGUAUAAAGUUUUAAAGGGUAUAACAAAAUGCUAAUUUGGCAAAACGAUCAAUAGAAAAAAUUGAAAACAGUGUAUGCAAUUACAAGGAAAAUUUAUCGUGUUAAUUCAAAACUUUCCUUGAAAUCGCACACAUUGUUUUGUUUCUAUUGUUUGUUUUGUUCAAUUAGCACUUUGUUCGUUCCUAACUGCGAUUGGUGAGCAACAAUUCCGUAAUCAUUUUUAUCAAUUAUUAAUAUGAUUAUUAUCAUUAUUAUCAUUAAGGCAUCGAGAACGCUAUUUCUGGGAAAGUCUUUUUUUAAUCUUAUUGUGUGGAGACAUUCGGUUUUUUGUUGUUGUUGUUGUUGUCAUACCCAGCAUUUUAUAGCUUUCUAUUAGAUAUUUUACGAAUGUACUAGAGAUAAAACAAAGGUGAUAUAACUUUUCUGUAUAAUUAUGCAAUUUCGAAAAAACCUUUUUUUGGCAAUGUAGGUAGGAUAUGAAUUUUAAUAAAGUUAUGUAAUAUCUAUAUAGUAGUAGUAUUAUUAUUCAAUCAUGGUAAUAAUAUCACCGAACAAAUAAGAAAUAAGGAAAAUACAUCAAAACAAAAGCGGAAAAAGAAAGAGAGAAGGAGAGAUCGACAAGGCUAUAUACACUUUGCCUACAAAGAUGAUUGACGAUUUUACCCAAACUUCACGAAGUAUUUGUAGCUGUUAAUAUAAGCUUACAAAAGAACUGAGUAGCACAUCGAUUCGAAUGAAAAAGUAUGUACAUCUAGUAAUGAAGACGUUGAAUUUCUUUCUUAAUACAUCAAUUCUGUUUCUAACUUUCGUGCUGUGCGCCCCUUUUGGAGGGCUGCGUGCGGGUGUAACACAGUUGGUUUUCAAUUAUUUUUCUCUCCAACUUAAUUACAAAGCACGAAAUUAGCUGAUGCCUCCUAUAACUGUGCGACGUUUUUUGGAAAACAAGUUGUCCGUGAGUGAAAGAGAGGCCUGUUUAGGUGCAUUAGAUAUCUAUGCUUGGCUAAAUAAAACUAUUUAAGAAACGAAAACUUGUUCUGUUUCGUAAACGUACUUGCAGCAAUACACAGUACACUGAUAACUAGGAACAUAAUAUGAGAUGAUAUUCUUACGAUGGGCAAUAAAACCAUACGUUUUAUAUUUCUAUUCGAGGCGUGCAGCUGGUUUUCAAUUAUUUUUCUUUCCAAAUUAGUUACAAAGCAAGAAAUUAGUUGAUGCCUCUCAUAACUAAUCUCAUAAAGAUGCUUUUUGGAAAACAAGUUCUUUGUGGGCGAAAGACAGGUGCAAUCGAUAUCUAUGCUUGACUAAAUAAAAACCGUUAAGAAACGAAAACUUGCUCUGGUUUGUAAACUUACUCGCAGCAAUACACAGUAGAUAACUAGCGACAUGAAAAUUAGAUGUUAUUCUUACGAUGGGCAAUAAAUUAAAACUAAACACGUUACAUUUCUGUUCGAGGUGCGCAACUGGUUUUCAAUAAUUUUUCCAUUCAACUUAAUUACGAAGCACAAAAUUGGCUAAUGUUUUUUUGCCCAUUGAAAAACAAGUUCUCUGUGAGCGAAAGAUAGGUGCAUUCGAUAUCUAUGCUUGACUAAAUAAAACGAUUUGGUCAGCAUUCGGUUAGGCAAGGCAGACAAUUUUACAAACUGGCGGACAGUUAUCUGGUGGGAAACACAACAUCGACAAGACACGCAAAGGACUAUUUUGACUGUUUUUCCUCUGUCUGGAGCACGAAUCAUUCGCUUGCUUGUCGUUCCAUAUGGCUCGGAAUAGCGACAAUGGCUAUCACACCUAUCAAUUAAGCAGUUCAGAGAGAUAUCUUGAGCCGCAAAGAACGGAAGAAAGGGUCGGCUAUGAUUAUUAUGGCAUGACUACUGAAGUAUGUGAUACAUCUUAAUUGUUUGUAGUUCUAGGUUAAAAAGUCUGCAACAACAUUUAUUAAACCCAUUUUGAAAUCACUGGUGGUCCCUGUAAUCUGAUUGGCUCUAAUUGAUGUGAUUUACGAAUCGCACCAUUUUUUGCUUUAAAUCGCAUCCUUUUCCCAGCCAAUGAGGAGGCUAUACUCAAAAAAAAACCAACCAAACAGAUUUCAAGACUUGUUUAAGUAACCGAUCAAAUUGCAGAAAAAUGAAAGACGAAGAGUAUCAUAUGGCAAAUUUUGCAACUUUUCUUUCCAAAACUCUUACAUUUCCCCUCAAAAAAUGGAUGAACUCAGUUUCCGACCGGCUCAUAACUGCAUCAGUAAAAUAUUUGAACUGACCAAGUCCUGUAUUUGGGGGUGAUUUCAAAAUGGAUGUAAUAAGGUGGUAAUUGAACCUCAUGUCGUGCAAUUUUGAUUUGAAAUCAUACUUGUGAUUUCAAAUCAAACUCGCGCUAUGUGCUCAUUCGAUUUUGAAAUCACGCUAUGAUUUCAGCCCAAAUUGCACUCCAUUCAGUUUAAUUACCAUUAUUAACCAUGACUAACAAGUUUACGAUUGCUUUUUUCUUUAAUGCGAGCAUCUGAUAAAGUUUAAAAGGUGUAAUUUGUAUUUCAAUAAUAUGUUUUCGAAGUACAGUAACUCCUGUACAAAGAAAACCUAAAAUUGACCGGACCCCUCAGAGCUUUUGCAUCAUACGAGCCUUAGACGAACUAAAGAAAGAAAACUUAAAAAAGAAAAAUGAAUGAAAUGAAUGGUGAAUUUUCCUGCCAGUGCCCUCCAGAAGUGACUGUGCUUCCGUUUAUUGACGGCAAUUGUAAUAUUGGUAAGAGAUUUGAAAUUGUUUGUAGGAAAAAGAAUUAUUAAUUAGAGAAAAAAGAAACUACCGAAAUUGACAAUAAUUUGCUAAGAUUGCCAAGUUUAAAAUAUUCAAGUUCACACGGCAACCAGGUGGACAAUCAGACAUAGUUUAAUGCUACUCUGGUUUGCAGAUUUAAUGAAUGUUACCGAAGAAGUUACAAUUCAUAUACCCAACGUUUCGACACUCCUGUCUAGUGCCUUCAUCAGGAGUGAUCUAAACGCUGCAACAAGAGGUCCUUUUAUAUGAUCACUAAUUAGCGGCCUUUUUUUUCCGACGAGGUGUAAAUUGCCAAGUUUGGUUCCCAAGAGAAUCCCAUACGUAAAUAUCUUAGAGAAGCCCCAUUGUUUUUCGAAUAUAACCUUUUUUUUCUUCGAUGACCCGUUGCCUUACACUACGUAUUGAUUUUUUAAAUGCGUUGCCGUGUAAAAUCCCAUAACUACGAGAAAAAUGCAAAAUCUUAAGCUUUUCAUUUCUCUCCGGCUCAACCGAUUGGUUUUUGAAAGAUGUCAAGAAAACAGUGCAGCAUUUUUCGUUUCUUCUGUUUUCUAAAUCAUAUUCAAAGAUACGAAGAAGAUGGUACGCCUCAAAUCUGUGGAGGGCGUGUUCCAUAUUAAAACAGGCAGGUACGAGUUAGACUAUGACAACGCUAAACGUUUAUGUGUACUUCAAGGAGCACAAUUAGCCACAUACAGCCAACUACACGAGGCCUGGCAAGCUGGUGCUGAUCACUGCGAGUAAGUAAAUGUUUACUUUUUUCUUCCCCUUUCACUUCAUCUUUGUAACGGCCCGUUCGUCCUCAAUGCUUAAAAAUCCACAUUGCCGUCUUUUACAUUACCUAGUUUUGGAGCUCUUCCUCAUGGGCGAGUAAAUGACGCUCUUCCUUUUUUCAGUCCUAUGUUUUAUUAUUACUAUCAAUUAGCGUGCAUAGAAAAAAACCUGCCAACACCUACAUUUUUUUUUAGUAUUUUCUUCCCAUUAAUUCUGCUGUUCGAAGCUAAAGGAUGAACUUGAAAAAUAUAGCAAACAUAAUAAAAUGAUGCUUGCAAUUAGUGCAUUUCAAUAUAUAACGUUUAAAUACUCGAGCCUGAAGGCGGGAAGCUGAUUAAAACUAAAAAAAUAAUUUUAAUUAAAAAGGUAAUUCUCCUUAAUCAUAAGAGAACGCUUACCCUCCGUAGCGCUUUGUGUAAUAAGUCCCGUCGGACUUUGUAGAAACAUUUGUCGUUCUUUGUAAUAAGUUAUGUACAGAUGGUCGGAAGAAAAAAAUACAUAGUAGUCAAAAAUCGUGAUUAUAUUUUAUCAUAAUUAUUGCACUUGAUAAUUUUUUUCUGAAAUAUCGCGCCUCAUUAACCCACAUCACUAUGCCUAAGUCACUCAUCAUCAGUAAUAAUCAGAAAAAGGGACAUCUCAAAUGAUGUGGCUGGUCUAAAAUAACAAUGUAGCGAAGAGACAUCUCAGUAUCGAAAUUUCAUGUUCAAUUUUCAUUCUCUAUGUGCAACAGUUUGCAAAAAGGCAUUUCCACUCUGUCGCAAUAUCUUGAAAAAGGGAAUGAAAACAACGAUAGUUAUUGAUUUUUAACCCGAGCUUAACCUGAGGCGAGCUUAACCUGAGGCGAGCUUAACCUGAGGCGAGCUUAACCUGAGGCGAGCUUAACCUGAGGCGAGCUUAACCUGAGGCGAGCUUAACCUGAGGCGAGCUUAACCUGAGGCGAGCUUAACCUGAGGCGAGCUUAACCUGAGGCGAGCUUAACCUGAGGCGAGCUUAACCUGAGGCGAGCUUAACCUGAGGCGAGCUUAACCUGAGGCGAGCUUAACCUGAGGCGAGCUUAACCUGAGGCGAGCUUAACCUGAGGCGAGCUUAACCUGAGGCGAGCUUAACCUGAGGCGAGCUUAACCUGAGGCGAGUCAUAAAAGAGUUAAGAGUGACAAAGUUUCAAGAUGAAUAUCCUAAAAUUUUAUUUUGGGAACUUUGGGGAUGGAAUAAUCCUUUUGAAAUCACGUGCGAAAAGCUUAUAUUAAUAGAGAACACAUUUUCAAGUGCGAACCUAAAAUAAAUAUUUAAAAUAAAUAUUUAAAAUAAUUUCUUUUUAGCAAUGUAGUAUGUAAGUAGGAUUUGGAUUUUAAUAAAGUUAUACAAUGCAAUACAUUGAGCUUCUUUCUUACUGCAUCUAUUAUAUUUCAUCCUUUUUGUUGUGCGCCCCUCUUAAAAGGUUGCAUGCGUGGGUAGCACAGUUGGUUUUCAAUUAUUUUUCUUUCCAAUUUUAUUGACGCACGAGAAUAGCUGAUGCCUCUCAUAACUGUACGAUGCUUUAUGGAAAACAAGUUCUUUGUGAGCGAAAGACAGGUGCAUUCGAUAACUGUAUUUGACUAAAUAAAAAUGUUUAGGAAACGAAAAAUUGUUCUGUUGUAACACUACACAGUACAUGACUCAGGACAUAAAAAUGAGAUGUUAUUCUUACAUGGCUAAUAGAUCUAUAAAUUUUACAAUUCUGUUCGAAGUGUCUACCUAUUCAACUCUUUAAUUUUGCAUAUUUACCAAAGACUGACUGCUGGAGGCAAUCUAACUCCUACUGCUUCAGAAACUUUAUCUAGUGUUGUCAUGCAUCGACACAAAGGUGUAAAAUCUGAUUACAACGAGGAAAUUCGGCUCUCUUAAGAUGGGUAUUAUCGUAUUUAGCUUGAAAAAACUUCUCAAAGUCCAGAUGCAUUUUUGGUAUCACAUCGCCAUUUUGCCCAAUUUUCUUCUCGGAAUAUUCCCAUUCCUGAGUCUUGGUCAGCAUUCAGUUAGGCAAGGCAGACAAUUUUACAAACUGGCGGACGGUUAUCUGGUGGGAAACAUAACAUCGACAAGACACGUAAAGGACUAUUUUGACUGUUCCUUCCUCUGUCUGGAGCACGAACCAUUCGCUUGCUUGUCGUUCAACAUGGCUCGGAAUAGUGACAACGGCUAUCAUACCUGCGAAUUAAGCAGUUCAGAGAGAUCUCUUGAGCCGCAAAGAAUAGAAGAAAGGCUCGGCUAUGAUUAUUAUGGCACAACUACUGAAGUAUGUGAUACGUCUUACUUGUUUGUAGUCCUAGGUUAAUUAGUCUGUUACAACAUUACCGUGAUCAACAAGUUUACGACUGCUUCUUUCUUUAAUGCAAGCAUCUGAUAAAGUUAAAAAGGGGUAAUUUUGUAUUUCAAUAACAAACCUCAAAUUGAGCAGACCCCCAAAGCUUUUGCAUCACACGGGCGUUAGACGAACUAAAAAAAGAAAAACAGAAGAAAGGCUCGGCUAUGAUUAUUAUGGUAGAACUACUGAAGUAUGUGAUACGUUUUAAUUGUUUGUAGUUCUAGGUGGAAUGGUCUGUUAUAACUAUAACCACGAUCAAACAGUUGACGAUCACUUUUUUACUUUUAUGGAGUCAUCUGAUAAAGAUAAAAUAUUGUAAAUAUUGUGUUUCAAUAAUAUGUUUUCGAAGUACAGUAACACCUGUACUGAGCAAACCUCAAAUUGCAUGAACCUCCAGAGCCUUUGUAUCACGCGAGCGCUAGACAAAGCUUCGUCUUCCAUGCAAACAUUUGAAAAUGAAAAAGUACGAAUUCGGACUUUUCGAAAAUUAUAUUUAUAAUUAUAGCCACAAGACGAACUGAGGAAAGAAAAUGAACUUCACAAACAAGAAACUUAAUCAGGGUCUAUAAUAGGAGAUUUGAAUUUUAUUUCCAAUCGAUUUCUCAUGCUUCGGUCUGUUGAGUAGACAGGAUUUUUUGCCAUGAAAACAAAAGCGCGAUGCGAAAUCUUCCUUUUUUUCUAUGACUUCUCUAUUAUGUUCAAAAACACGGAGAGUUCUAGGGUACUUUUGUAAUAAUAGAAAAUAUAUUAGUCUCUUUUCAGGAUAUCUCCAUGUUCUAGUAAUCCGUGUAGUAAUGGAGGGACGUGCUCUCAAGACAAGCGGUCUGGUGAAUUUUCCUGCCAGUGCCUUCCAGAAGUGACCGUGCUUCCGUUUAUUGACAAAAAUUGUAAUAUUGGUAAGAGGUUUGAAGUUGUGGAUUAGAACAAAAAGAAACCACCAAAAUUGAGACUUAUUUGCUGGGAUUACCAAGUUUGGUCCCUAUGGGGAUUCUAUAACUUCAUAUCGUCGAAAGCCCCCUUUGAUUUUCGAAUAUGACCUUUUUUUCCAUCGUUUGCCUGUUGCAUUACGCUACGUAAUAACUUUUUGAACGCUUUCCCUUGUAAAAUCCCAUAACUAUGAGACAUAUACCGAAAACGCCGCAUUAUUAUUAUUUUCUUCUGUUUUCUAUAUCAUAUUCAAAGACACGAAGAAAAUGGUUCGCUACAAAUCUGUGGAAGGAGUGUUUCAUACUAAAACAGGCAGCUAUAAGCUAAACUAUGAAAAUGCCAAACGUUUAUGUGCACUUCAAGGAGCACAAUUGGCCACAUACAGCCAACUACACAAGGCCUGGAAAGCUGGUGCUAAUCAAUGCGCGUAAGUAAAUGUUUGCUUUUUUCUUCCCCUUUCACUUCAUCUUUGUAAAGGCCCGUUCUUCUCCACCCCUUAAGGAAAUUCCGGUGGCAAUUGUCUGAAUUUUUGAGCAAAACUCCUGUGGCAAAAUCUUUAUCUAUAGGUAUCAUACUAACAGUUUAUUCUGGUAGCCGAAAGAAGAGCACGCAGAAAAUUGAUAAGGUGCUUAUAAAACGUAUGCUCUGUUCUCAGUGAAUGGGAGCCCAAUAAGACUAAAUCUUCUUUAUGUUAAGACAUUGUAUUGACUUGUUAAUGCACCUCUGAUCAGAGGACACUUUUGUUAAACGUUUUUGAUUUGAUAAUUCGUUAUGUUACGUUAUUUAGAGCUUCUUCACGUUUUGAAAUAUUUCAUUAGGUACUAACUUAUUUUUGGUAAUUUUCUUGAAAUUCAGGUAUGGAUGGUUAACUGAUGCCACCGUGCGCUACCCAAUGCAGACGAAAAAGGGAGGUUGUGGAAAUAAAGUUGGCGUGAUCGGCUCUUCUUCACCAAUAUCCAAAUCCAGAACCUACAACGCUUGGUGUUUUAAAUAAAAGUGUCGCGAAAAGAACGAUUUUAGGAGAGAUAGGUAACCAAGGCAACAUCUGCACAUUGGCACACUCUAAACCAUGACGCGCGGCUCACAAACAGCUGCUGGUCUGGUUGACAGAGAACCAAAAAAAAAUUGAAUGAAACAUUAUUUGCGUAUAGAAUUCUUAGUUUGUGGUUUUUACCUUCUCAAGCAGAACUCAGAGAGACUAAAGAGGAGUCAGAGUUGCAUUUCUUAAGUAAGCGGCUUGUUGAGAAAGUUUGUCGAACAUGGCUCAACAUGGUGUUGUCUAAGACAGAGUUUUCAGUAAAUUUGAAUCCAAAACUGUAAGAAUAAGCUUCUCUACGGAAUCGCAAAACUAGAUUUGUGUCAUAGUUUCAUUAAUAAGAAAACUCUGUUUACAUGCAUGCUCAACCAAUUGAGGUAACAAGCUUACUGCUUAAUUAGUAUUCCUUACUAAGAAGAUCACUUUCAUAUUCAUUUCUUAAUAACCGCAGUUCACAUAUAUGAUUUUCAUAUAUUCGCAGUCAUUGAUUCAUCCCUUCACGGAUCUAUUACGAACCAACACCGGCAUUAUGGGCCGUAGAAGGCUAAUUUUUUUUCAGGUCUUAUUUUCUCUAGUGCUUAAACAGUGUUUGUUACUGCGAAGAUCGCUUUCAUGCGCGCAAAAUGUAUUCUGUUGCCCAGUUCGCUGAAUCAUUUCUCCGCUUAAUUGAAAAACACUUUUCCUUAUCCUCAAGACUUCCAACACCAACAGCCCUUUCAAUUGGACAAAAGUUUCACUACAAACGUGCCCAAAAUUACCAAAAACCAUCACUGUAAGUUCGUAAAUAGAUUUUCUCGUGUGUAGCAAUUGUGGGAUCUAAAACAAAUCAGUAAUAAGUUGUUAUUACCACUGAACAAAACCGCGGACUACAAGAGUCCUGCUGAUAGCCGAUUUCUAUUAAGUUUGUUUAAUCAAAUUUUCUUUUCGGCCCGACUUUUUUUGCAAAGAACAGAUUUGACUACUUCUGUUUUUAACAUAGGAGUAAAUAUCAAGCACUCAAAGGUUUCAUAGUCCUGGAAAACAAACUGCUUAAAAUUCGUAAUGCUUAAUUUAAAAAAAAAAAUUGAUUCUUAGCGUGCAUCAUUGCUCUUGGGUUUAAUCCGAGAAGCAAUUAUGUCACUUUAAAACACAGUGUGACACUUUCAUUUUCCAUUGUAGGCAGGCAUUAUAUUUAGUUAUUGUGGAAAGCUUUUAUGAUUUCUCUCUUCAAAAGCCGAGGUGCAGCGUCCUAGACAACUUUGAACAAAUGCCCUAAAGCGUUCAAGGUGAACGUGAACCUAAAAACGAUAGGUGUUGUCGAAAAAAGCAAAAAAAAAAAGUGUUGAAAAGACUGAUUACAAAAUAGGACUGUGCGAAAGGUGUUAAAGAAAUUGUAAAAAAAAAAAAACGAAGACACUUAUGUAAUAACUUUUGAUGCUGUCGCGUUACGUACGCGACCUAGUGACAUUCUUUGCCGAAAUAUCUUCGUCCGCAAUUAGUAGUUAUCGUAAUAAAGUGUUAUAUAAUUCUGUAGCAGAGUGUUUCUUGGCUCUCGAGCUACGUAGCCAUUCCGAAGGAUUUCGAGAUAAUUUUAGGUUUAGAUUCGACCCAAAGGGUCUCAGGAGUAGUUUAGUGUUUAUUUAUUGGUGUUUCGUUAGACCAAAAGGAAAGAAAAGAGAACGAUCUUAUCUUCCCUUACUCAAAGACAUACAGGCAGUUUUGAUGAUGGAAAAAUUUUAUUUCUUCUUACACAAUCAUCCUGGUGGUAUAAUUGACUCUGGCAGCAUGCUGCGUUAAAGCAACGUCUCUUUAAAUAGGUAACGUCAAACUGCUCAAUCAAUUACCACGUUUCGCUGUGUCCACAGUUUUUUUUUUACGGUCAACCUUCUACCUUCGAUAAUGAUGUAUUUCACAAAAAGCUUCACCAUUUUGCUGAUCUUUCUUGUCACAAUGAUGAAACCACUUGGUUUUGCUCAGCACCUGAUCAAGCACGAUAGGCAAUUUUACAAAAUGGCGGAUAUGAUCUUGGUUGGAGAUUUAACAUCAACAAGAAAAGUCAAGGACAUUUUCGAGUGUGUCUUCCAUUGCCUGGAGCAUGGUCCAUCCGCUUAUCUUUCGUUUAAUAUUGCUAAAACUUCUCACGAUGGGUUCUAUAGUUGUGCUUUGAGUGACUCGGAAAGGUGUCUGGAUCCACAAAGAAUGCAAGGAAAUCCUAGCUUUGAUUAUUUCGGCACGUCUGCUGAGGUAAGUUUUUGACAUCUGCCUCUAUAGCUCACUAUGAAAACACUGAAAAUGAGAUUAACAAUCCAGGGAAUCGACAUAAAUCAGCAUAACUCCUAAACAAUUACAAUAUAGUGACUGUACUAGGCUAAAACUUCGGAGAGUAAAUCCCACCAUUCUAGGCCAUGGAGGAACUCUAAAAAGUGUCUUAGUUUAUCCCUCCUCUGGCAACUGACUCGUAAACUUAACGCGAAACAGAUCUUAAAAGGAGGACAUACCUCAUUGAUAGCUGAACCUUCCAGAACAACAGUUGUUAUGCAACUUAUUUUGAAACCUUUUGUUCAAGGCCCAUAACUUAUUCUAAAGCAACUACCCUGUAUUACCAUUGCCUCACCUCUGCACGCGUAUUUCGCCUUUUGAAAGUAAGAAACAUAUAAAAUUGAACCUACUAAUCCCAGCUAAAGUCUGCUAGCUGAGACGAUCGGAAGAUCAUACCGCUUUCCCCAAGCCUUUGCAUUAUGGAUGGGAAAAUAAGCCUAGACCAACUUGCAGCUGCUCAAAACUGCAUGAUCACAGAGCUUAUUCCAGAACUUAUCGGGUCUUUGCAUCCAAAUUAGUACCAAAUAUAUCUUUUGGUUUUGAAGUGACUCCUCUCUAAUCUGAUUAGAAUUUAGUUUAUUUCAAGCCUAUCUACAUGUAACAACAGCCCAUGUAGUAAUGGAGGGACUUGCACUCUUGGUUCACGAUUGGAUGAAUUUUCCUGUCAGUGUCUCCCAGAAGUUAUAGCGCUGCCAUUUAUUGACGAUAAGUGUAACGUUGGUAAGUGUAGUGCAAGUUGCUUUGCCUAAAUUUCUUUGGCUUAACGAGGAAGAAAGCUUACGGGAUACUGGAUAUCUAAUUAACGAAUUAUCACCUUACUAAUCAUACGUAAUAGGUUUAAAACGCUAUUGCCAUCCCAACAUCACGCAAAGGUAAUGAUAUAAUGUGACAUAUUCCUUAAAGUUUAAUAUAAGGGCUUUUUGUCUUUUGCCUACUAUCUAUGGUAAUAUACUGAGAACUCAUACAUGUACAUAAGAGAACUUUUCUAUUUGAUCGUUAGCCCCUCUUUCCCAUUCAUUCAUAAAUUUUUUAAUUCUUUGAAAAAAAAAGGAGAAAAAAACCAUAAAAACAGAGGCGAAAUUGUAACAAUGAUUUCUCACGCUUAAAUAUUCGAUGCUAUGGGUAAUUUCUUUUAUUUAGAUACGAACAUCAUGGGAAAGACGCUUCCUACAGAGCGAGUAUUUCAAACCUACGCUGGAAGAUACAGACUGACCUUUUACGACGCAAAGCGUCUGUGUGCUUUACACGGAGCUAUGUUGGCCACAUACAGUCAGCUGCACAAAGCUUGGCAGGCUGGUCUUGAAAGAUGCGCGUAGGUUGCUGCUCACUUGUUUGUAUGCAUUUGUCAUGGCUAUUACGUGUCUACAUGUAAAUAAUACUAGCUUACAGAAUCUCGUCGCCAUUUAUAGGUUGCGUUUGCCAACAUUUUUUCUCCUUUUGCUUUCCAGACGUGGAUGGCUCAUAGACGCAACCAUUCGAUUUCCAAUGCAAACAAAAAAGAAUGGUUGUGGGAAUAAGAUAGGCAUUAUUGGAUCGGCCGAAAAACAAAGCAAAGGCGACAGGAGCAACGCGUGGUGUUAUCUUAAGUGA